AUGUCAACGCAUAGACCUUUUCAAAUAUCUCAUGGUUCAAUUGAACAUACUUUUUUAGUUCCAAAUGAAUUAUAUUCAAAUUAUUCACAAUUAAAAGACGAAUUUAGAAAAAGUUUGCCAAUACCUACGGAAGAUUAUGCAGAUGAUGAUGAGCCUUCCAAUUCAAUUGAAUUAUAUGGUAAAUUUUUAGGAUUCCUUAAAAAACAAAAGAAUAUAAAUAAAGAAAUUAUAGAUUUAUGUUUAAAUGAUUUUGAAUCGAGAUUUUUACAAGAUAAUAUUCAUUCGUUAAAUUUUGAAUCUUCUUUAUACAAGAAAAAAGAUUUGAUAAAAAAUUAUUAUUUAGUGAAAGGUUUUAGUAAUAAUGAAAUUAAAUCGAGUUUAUUUAAUAACGAAAACGUCAUAAUUGCAAGUAUAUUUGGUGGUCAAGGUAAUACAGAUGAUUAUUUCGAUGAAUUAAGAGAACUUUAUAAAUUAUAUCCAAUUUCAGACAUUAUAAUACCAAUUAUUGAAAAAUUAAACUCUUUUUUGCAAGAUCCAAUUUUUGAUAAAAUUUAUACUCAAGGUUUAGAUAUUUUAAGUUGGUUAAAAAAUCCCGAAACUACACCAGAUCAAGAUUAUUUAUUAUCUGUACCGGUAAGUUGUCCAAUUAUUUGUAUAAUUCAAUUAUGUCAUUAUGCAAUUACUUGUAAAAUCUUGAAUAAAACACCUGGAGAAUUUAGAAAAUUAAAUAAAUGGUCAACUGGUCAUUCACAAGGUUUAAUUACUGCUGUUGCAAUUGCUUCAUCAGAUUCUUGGGAAACUUUUAUUGAAAAUGCUAUAAAUGCUUGUACUUUAUUAUUUUUUAUUGGUUCAAGAAGUUUAACUGUUUAUCCAAGAACUACUUUACCACCAACAAUGUUACAAGAUUCUUUGAAUAAUGGUGAAGGUAGACCAAGUCCAAUGUUAUCAGUACGUGAUUUAUCAAUAAAACAAGUUGAAACAUUUAUAAAUCAAACAAACUCUCAUUUACCAAAAGAGAAACAUAUUGCAAUAAGUUUAAUUAAUGGUGCAAGAAAUUUAGUCAUAAGUGGUCCACCAGAAUCUUUAUAUGGUUUUAAUUUAAAUUUAAGAAAUAAAAAAGCAUCAAAUGGUUUAGAUCAACUGAGAAUACCAUUUAGUGAACGUAAAUUAAAAUGUUCAAAUAGAUUUUUACCGAUUUUUUCACCAUUCCAUUCUCAUUUAUUAAAAGAUGCAACUGAGUUAAUAAUGAAUGAUGUUGAAAAUAUAAAAUUUGAUUUAAAAAUACCCGUUUAUGAUACUUUUAAUGGUGAAAAUUUACAAGAUUCAAAUGUGUUAGUACAUAGAUUAAUUGAAUUAAUUACUGAAUUACCAGUUCAUUGGGAAAUCGCAACAAAUCAUAAAGCAACUCAUAUAAUUGAUUUUGGUCCAGGUGGUGUUUCAGGUUUGGGUGUUUUAACUCAUAGAAAUAAAGAAGGUACUGGUUCAAGAAUUAUAUUAGCUGGUGCAAUUGAUUCUAAUGCAAUUGAUGAUGAAUAUGGUUUUAAACAUGAAUUAUUUUCAAAUACACCAAUAAAAUGGGCAACAAAUUGGUUAAAAGAAUAUAAACCAACUUUAAUUAAAUCACAAGGUAAAAUUUUUGUAAAUACCAAAUUUUCACAAUUAUUAGGUAGAGCUCCAUUAAUGAUUCCUGGUAUGACUCCAACUACUGUUAAUACAGAUAUAAUAAUUGCUGCAACAAAUGCUGGUUAUCAUAUUGAAUUAGCUGGUGGUGGUUAUUUUACAGGCCCAAUGAUGAGUGAAGCAGUUGAAAAGAUUACCAAAGAAAUUAAACCUGGUUAUUCAUUUGGUAUUAAUUUAAUUUAUGUUAAUCCAAGAAUGUUACAAUGGGGUAUUCCAUUGAUUAAAGAAUUAAGAGAAAAAGGUUAUCCAAUUCAAUCCUUAACAAUUGGUGCUGGAGUUCCAUCAUUAGAAGUUGCAACUGAAUAUAUUGAAGAAUUAGGUUUAACUCAUUUAGGUUUAAAACCAGGUUCAAUUGAUUCAAUAAGUCAAGUUAUUCAAAUUGCUAAACAACAUCCAAAUUUCCCAAUUGUUUUACAAUGGACUGGUGGUAGAGGUGGUGGUCAUCAUUCAUUUGAAGAUUUCCAUCAACCAAUUUUACAAAUGUAUUCAAAAAUUAGAAGAUGUUCAAACAUUAUUUUAAUUGCAGGUUCUGGUUUUGGUUCAGAUGAAGAUACUUAUCCAUAUUUAACUGGUAAAUGGUCAGAAAAUUAUAAUUAUCCACCAAUGCCUUAUGAUGGUGUUUUAUUUGGUUCAAGAAUUAUGACUGCAAAAGAAGCUCAUACAUCAUUGGAAGCUAAAAAAUUAAUUGUUAAAUCAGCUGGUGUACCUGAUUCACAAUGGGAACAAACUUAUAAAAAACCAACUGGUGGUAUUAUAACUGUUAGAUCAGAAAUGGGUGAACCAAUUCAUAAAAUUGCUACUAGAGGUGUUAUGUUUUGGAAAGAAUUAGAUGAUACUAUUUUCAAUUUACCAAAGAAUAAAUUGUUGGAAGCAUUAACCAAAAAGAAAGAUUAUAUUAUUGAAAAAUUGAAUAAAGAUUCUCAAAAACCAUGGUUUGGUUUAAAUUCUCAAGGUGCUUGUGAUUUACAAGAUAUGACUUAUGAAGAAGUUGCAAAUAGAUUAUUACAAUUAUUGUACAGAAAAAGAUGGAUUGAUAAAUCUUAUCAAAACUUAUAUGGUGAUUAUUUAAGAAGAGUUGAAGAAAGAUUUACAAAAGAAUCUGUCAGUUUUAUCCAAAAUUAUAAAUUUGAUGAACCACAAGAAUUUACCAACAAUUUCUUUGAUAAAUUCCCAUUAGCUAAACAACAAUUAAUUUCAGAACAAGAUUGUGAUUACUUUUUAAUCCUUUGUCAAAGAAUUACUCAAAAACCAGUUCCAUUUGUUCCAAUUUUAGAUGAAAGAUUUGAAUUUUUCUUUAAAAAAGAUUCAUUAUGGCAAUCGGAAAACUUGUGGUCAGUUAUUGAUGAAGAUGUCCAAAGAACAUGCAUCUUACAUGGUCCAGUUGCAUGUCAAUUUACAAAUAAAGUUGAUGAACCAAUCGGUGAAAUCUUAGAUAAUGUCCAUCAAGGUCAUAUUAAUAGAUUAAUUGAAGAUGAAUAUAAUGGUGAUGAAACUAAAAUUCCAACGGUUGAAUAUUUUGGUAUUAAACCAAAAGAAUUACCAAUUGAUAAUGUUAAAGUUAUUGAAAAUGGUUUUGAAAUUGAAUCUAAAUUACCUUCAAAAGAAGCUUGGUUACAAUUAUUAGCUGGUUGUGAAUCAAAUUGGUUACAAGCUUUUAUUUUAACAAAUAGAAUUGUUCAAGGUAAAAAACAUGUUGCUAAUCCUUUACAUGAUAUUUUAGCUCCAACUCCAAAUUCAAAAGUUAUUAUCAAUGAAUCAUUAACUGUUUAUGAAAAUACUAAAGGUGAAUUAUUACCAUCAGUUGAAAUUAAAUUAGUCAAAUCAGAUUUAAUUCAAUUAUCAUUAAUUGAACAUAGAUCAGUUGAUGGUACCGUUUCACUACCAUUCUUAUAUAAAUAUAAUCCAUCAGACGGUUUUGCACCAAUUUUGGAAGUUAUGGAAGAUAGAAAUGAAAGAAUUAAACAAUUUUAUUGGAAAUUAUGGUUUGGUACUUCAAUUCCAUAUGAUAAUGAAAUCAAUGUUCAAGAACAAAUUAUUGGUGACGAAAUACAAAUUACUUCAAAAGAUAUUUCAGAAUUUACUCAUGCAAUCGGUAAUAAAUGUGAAGCAUUUGUUUCAAGACCAGGUAAAUUAACUUUAGCACCAAUGGAUUUUGCAAUUGUUAUUGGUUGGAAAGCUAUUAUCAAAGCUAUUUUCCCAAAAACUGUUGACGGCGAUUUAUUAAAAUUAGUUCAUUUAUCAAAUGGUUAUAAAAUGAUUCCAGGUGCUGCACCAUUGAAGAAAGAUGAUGUUGUUUCAACCAAAGCUGAAAUCAAAGCUGUUGUAAAUCAACCAAGUGGUAAAUUAGUUGAAGUUGUUGGUACAAUUUAUAGAGAAGGUAAACCAGUUAUGGAUGUUACUUCUCAAUUUUUAUACCGUGGUGAUUAUACUGAUUAUGAGAAUACUUUCCAAAAAAUUACUGAAGUUCCAUAUCAAGUUGCAUUCAAAUCAAAUAAAGAUUUAGCUAUAUUAAGAUCAAAAGAAUGGUUCCAUUUAGAAAAAGAUGUUCCAUUUGAUUUGUUAACUUUCAGAUGUGAAUCAAUUUACAGAUUUAGAUCAGCAAAUGUUUAUUCAUCAAUUAAAACUAAAGGUAAAGUAUUUUUAGAAUUACCAACAAAAGAAGUUGUUCAAAUUGGUUCAAUUAAUUAUGAAGCUGGUGUUUCAUAUGGUAAUCCAGUUAUUGAUUAUUUAUCAAGAAAUGGUAAAACAAUUGAAGAAGCAGUUACCUUUGAAAAUGCAAUUCCAAUUUCAAAUGGUGAAGAAUUAUCAUCAAAAGCUCCAGGUACAAAUGAACCAUAUGCAAUUGUUUCAGGUGAUUAUAAUCCAAUUCAUGUUUCAAGAGUAUUUGCUGCAUAUGCUAAAUUACCAGGUACUAUAACUCAUGGAAUGUAUUCAUCAGCAUCAAUUAGAUCAUUAGUUGAAGAAUGGGCUGCAAAUAACGUUGCUUCAAGAGUUAGAGCUUUUAAAUGUGAUUUUGUUGGUAUGGUUUUGCCAAAUGAUACUUUACAAACAACAAUGGAACAUGUUGGUAUGAUUAAUGGUAGAAAAAUUAUUAAAGUUGCAUCUAAAAAAGGUGAUCAAACUGUUUUAGUUGGUGAAGCUGAAAUUGAACAACCGAUUACUACUUAUGUUUUCACUGGUCAAGGUUCACAAGAACAAGGUAUGGGUAUGGAUUUAUAUAAUUCAUCAGAAGUUGCAAAACAAGUUUGGGAUAAAGCUGAUAAACAUUUUGUUAAUAAUUAUGGUUUUUCAAUUUUAGAUAUUGUUCAAAAUAAUCCAAAUGAAUUAACUAUAUAUUUCGGUGGUGCAAAAGGUAGAUUAAUUAGAGAUAAUUAUAUUGGUAUGAUGUUUGAGACUAUUGGUCCAAAUGGUGAAUUGAAAAGUGAAAAAAUUUUCAAAGAUAUUGAUGAAUCAACAACAAGUUAUACAUUUGUUUCACCAACCGGUUUAUUAUCAGCUACACAAUUUACUCAACCUGCUUUAACAUUAAUGGAAAAAGCUGCAUAUGAAGAUAUUAAAUCAAAAGGUUUAAUUCCAUCAGAUAUAAUGUUUGCCGGUCAUUCAUUAGGUGAAUAUUCGGCAUUAUCAUCAUUAGCAAAUGUUAUGCCGAUUGAAUCAUUAGUUGAUGUUGUUUUUUAUAGAGGUAUGACUAUGCAAGUUGCAGUUCCAAGAGAUGAAUUAGGUAGAUCAAAUUAUGGUAUGUGUGCUAUAAAUCCAUCAAGAGUUUCUACUACAUUCGAUGAUGCUGCUUUAAGAUUUGUUGUUGAUGAAGUUGCAAGUAGAACUAAAUGGUUAUUGGAAAUUGUUAAUUAUAAUGUUGAAAAUCAACAAUAUGUUGCUGCUGGUGAUUUACGUGCAUUAGAUUCAUUAACAAAUGUAUUGAAUGUUUUAAAAAUUAAUAAAAUCGAUAUUGUUAAAUUACAAGAAAAAUUAUCAAUUGAACAAGUUCAAGAACAUUUAUAUGAAAUAAUAGAUGAAGUUUCUAAAAAAUCAUUGGCAAAACCACAACCAAUAGAAUUAGAAAGAGGUUUUGCUGUUAUUCCAUUAAAAGGUAUUUCAGUUCCAUUCCAUUCAUCAUAUUUAAUGUCCGGUGUUAAACCAUUCCAAAGAUUUUUAUGUAAGAAAAUUCCAAAAUCAUCGGUUAAACCACAAGAUUUAAUUGGUAAAUAUAUUCCAAAUUUAACUGCAAAACCAUUUGAACUAACAAAAGAAUAUUUCCAAGAUGUUUAUAAUUUAACAAAAUCAGAAAAGAUUAAAAAUAUAAUUGAUAAUUGGGAAUCAUACAAUAAAUAG